AUGAAAAAGAAGAAAACAAAUACCAUAAGUGGUAUAGUCUAGGCCAAUUCAUUUCACUAUCUUCUUUUUCUCCCUCUUCUGUUUCCAUUUGAGUCUCCUACUAGCACAAAGAUUAUUGAGAUCCAAAGAUCUUAACUAUAUGGUGGCAAGAAGAAUCUAAAGAGAAACAACCAAAGCUUAAGCAAACAGUCUUGUCUACUGUUGAAAAACAGGAGAAAAUGUCUUGUAAUAAUGGAAUGUCUUUUUUCCCUUCAAAUUUCAUGAUCCAAACCUCUUACGAAGAUCUACCUCCUUCUCUUUCACCUCUCCUUCCUUCUUGCUCUAUACCUCAAGAUCUUCAUGGGUUUGCUUCGUUUCUAGGUAAGCGAUCUCCAGUAGAAGGGUUAGAAGCUGGGAACAUUAUGAACGGAGAAGAGGAUUAUUCAGAUGAUGGGUCUCAAAUGGGAGAGAAGAAGAGGAGAUUGAACAUGGAGCAAGUGAAGACAUUAGAGAAGAACUUCGAGCUUGGGAACAAGCUUGACCCAGAGAGGAAAAUGCAGUUGGCUCGUGCCUUGGGUUUACAGCCAAGACAGAUAGCGAUUUGGUUUCAGAACAGAAGAGCUCGCUGGAAAACAAAGCAGCUUGAGAAAGAUUAUGAUACACUUAAACGACAGUUUGAUUCCCUUAAAGCUGAAAACGAUCAUCUUCAAACACACAACCAGAAUCUCCAAGCUGAGAUAAUGAGUUUAAGGAACAGAGAACAAACAGAAUCAAUAAAUCUGAACAAAGAAACAGAAGGAUCUUGCAGUAACAGAAGCGACAACAGUUCCGAUAAUUUCAGGCUGGACAUCUCGACGGCUGUGCCAUCAGUAGACAGCACAAUAACAGGCGGCCAUCCACCAGCGCCACAGACUGUUGGUCGACACUUCUUUCCACCAGCGACCGCGACGACCACCACAACGACUAUGCAAUUCUUUCAAAACUCGUCUUCUGGUCAGAGUAUGGUUAAAGAAGAAAACAGUAUCAGUAACAUGUUCUGUGCAAUGGAUGACCACUCAGGUUUUUGGCCAUGGCUUGAUCAGCAACAGUACAACUGAAACUGGUCGACCUGUUUUUAUUUCUUUCAAAGUUUUUAUAUAUUUUGUUUUGUUUUUUUGUUUUGAUAUCAGAAAGAACAUGCAUGUUUCAAAAACUUGGAAUCUAUCAUUCACUUUUGAGUU